CACAAUUAACAGUGCUCAUCUGGUUAGUAUUCAGAUUCUUGAAAAGUGUUAAAAGGAAAAACUAGCACUUUAUUGGUUCUAGGAAUCUGUUCACUCUCAUCCCUUGAGCUUAUUAACUAAUCAUCUCAUAUCUGGGCUCUCCUUGUUUUCAGGCAUGGAAUCUUCUCUCUCCAAAGACUUUGCUUCCUUCUUUUAGUCCACUUUAACCCCACUCUUAUUAAUCUCCAUUCUAUUAAGCUAAUAAUUGCUUAAAACUUUACAACAAUAUCCACUGCUUUCAGCUUUUGCUUCACCUUUCAGCAAGCAUUUGUUUUGUUCAUGGAAGAUCCUUCACCAAUGAUCAUGAUACCAAGUGAAAAUUUCAACUUGGAAUGCCCCAAAGUUGUUUAUACUGAUGUUAGUAUGAUCCCUGAGCUCACUGUCUCAAAUCUUCAAGCUGAAAUUUCGACGUUGAGGUUGAAGCAAAGAAGUUUGGAUGGGAGAAGGAGAGAAGCACUCAACAAGGUUUUAGAUAUCAAAGGUAGUAUCAGGGUUUUUUGUCGAGUUCGAUCUUCUUCUUCAACUGAUAGAAAAACUUCAGAAUCACCCAUUUCUAUUGAAGAAGAUAAGAUCACUGUCAAGACUUCAGGAGGAGCGAAGAAAGAGUUUGGUGCUGAUAGAGUUUUCUCUCAGGGAGCAACACAGGAUGAUGUAUUUCAAGAAGUAGAACCGAUUCUUAGAUCUGCGCUUGAUGGGCAUAAUGUGUGUGUUUUUGCUUAUGGGCAGACGGGAACGGGCAAAACCUUCACUAUGGAAGGAAAAAAUGAGAAUCCAGGUAUCGUUCCUCGAUCUAUCGAAGAAUUAUUUCAUCGAGCUUCUCAGGAUAAAUCAGCAUCCUACUCUUUCUCAAUGAGUAUGUUAGAGAUCUACAUGGGGAGUAUUAGAGAUCUUCUCACAUUGAAGCACAACUCUUCAAGAUAUCUUCAACACUCUCAAAAAUGUGGACUCAAUAUCCAAUCUGGCAGUAAUCGGUCUAUCGAAAUUGAGGGUCUAAUGGAUAUAGCAGUAUCCGAUAUCAAACAAGCAUAUCGAUUGUACACGAAGGGCAAACGAGCUCGUUCUACUUCGUGGACUAAUGUCAAUGAUGCCUCUAGCAGAUCUCACUGCUUAACAAGAAUUACUAUUCGACGUUCUGGGGGCCACGAAGGAGUUUCCAAGCUGUGGAUGGUGGAUCUUGGAGGAAGUGAGCGACUGUUGAAGACUGGUGCUACUGGGCAAACACUAGAUGAGGGAAAGGCGAUAAAUCUUUCGUUAUCAGCGCUUGGCGAUGUCAUUUCUUCGUUGAAGAAGAAAAGAAAUCACAUUCCUUACAGGAAUAGCAAGCUUACUCAGAUUCUCAGUGACUCUCUAGGUGAUGGUUCAAAAGUUCUGAUGGUUGUUCACAUCAGUCCUAGUGAAAAUGAUACUGGAGAGACGAUAUGUUCUCUGAGCUUCGCAAAAAGAGUGAGAGCGAUAGAGCACAACAAAGAACUUUCAGAGGAAUCGAAUAAACAGAAGGAGAAACUUAUCGCUGAACUAGACCUACAGAUAAAAGACACUGAAGUAGACUUGCAGAAAGUGAGGAACCAAAUAGAGAGAGCUGAACAACUAAUACAGGAAAAGAAUCAACAAAAGGGAUCACCAAGAAGUCCUCUGAUCAUAGCUCAAGGAGAAGCGUCAGAUACUCCCACUGAGAAAAAUUCAAGCAAAGCUUGCAUUUCUUCGGUUCCUCGAUUCAUGGCUCCGACAGUAUCAAGUCGACAGAGGCUAAGCGCCAAUGAACACACACAUUCAAGAACGAGGACUUUGAGAUUUGGAACUAGAAGUCAUGUGGAUAUAAUCAGUUCACAGUCUCUCAGCUACUCUGAUACUUUUAUGAAACCUUGUGCUACGAGAUCAAAGAGCAAACUUGUGACGUGUGAGGGUAAUAGUCCUAAAUCUUCGGUUUCUAGGAACAAGAAGGUCUCUGCUUCUCAUCCUAACUUGAGGGUUACAUUGAAUCAACAUAGAAGGAGGAUGUCUGAUGUCAUUUAAGAAAAAAGAAAGCAGGAAGAAUAGUGUGUUUUGAAGUUGCAGGUUUGGGUUUUUUGAUUCUUUAACCUUGACAGAGUGAGCAGGAUCGGGUGAUGUAUCGAGUUAGAUUGAUUUUUUUUCAUACUACUAACUGUUCAAGGUGUUUUGAGUGUUUGAUUACUUGGUGUGGGGUGUAGAUUUGGUAUUUGAUGUACCUAGAUAUGAUCUUUUUUUUCUUCUUCUUCUUUUUAAAUAAGGAGCUUGAACUUUUGCCUUUUGUAGAAAUGUAUUGAUACUGGGAGUAUCUGGUGUUGUA